GAGACUUGCCCUUGCACAUCGAGGCGCCCUCGCCACCAUUCUCGCUGCAAAUUGGGGCAGAGCACGUGGGCCACCUCAUGCUCCCACCCAACGAGACGUUGGCCUUUCGGAUAGCUGUGGACAGCUCGCGCCAGCUCCUUUGUGAUUUCCUGGUUGUGAACAUCGAGUGCUCGCCGCCUUUGCUGAUUGACAUCGUUUGCGCUCCAGAGGGAACCAGCGAAGAGGAAGUGCAGGGCUGUGUGGCGGCAGCUAGGGCGGCCAUGAAGCAGCCAGCUGCGCUCGCUGCGCCACCAGCUGCGGCACCAGCUGCGGCCGAGAGUGCCUCGCCUUGCCCGGCACCAGUGCCAACAGCGCUGGCCGAGUUCUUGGGCGAGGAGCCAACUGCCGCUGCUUUGCGCGGCGGGCUUCGCUUUGAGGUGGCGGCUCCACCGUCUCCACCAGACACUCCAGAGUCCGGGCGAGGAGGAGCGACGGCCCGAGAAGUGAUGGAAUCCUUUGACGACCGGCCGCCAACGCCAACGCCCGAAGGGUUCCAGAUGCCUGAGCCAAAGAUCCUGCGGGUGGAGCAGACUCAACGCAAUGCCCAGCAGGGGCCUUGCCAAAGCUCUGGUGGCCAACCAGCCGCUGACCUAUCCGGAGCAGUUUCUUCCCAGGUGAAGCUAUCCCCAGCAGAGGCUACGCGCAUUGCGGCGCUGCGUGCGAAGGGCAUGUUGGACACCCCGUCCACGCCCUCCGCGCCAUGUGCGCCGGAGCCGGCAGCCAGACCGCCGCCACCAGAAGGCUACGACGAUGCGGACCGGGCAUGA